AUGCAUAUGGCGGAUGACACCCCUCGACCUUACAAUUCCGUCGAAAUCCAAAGCGCAAUAACUGCAGCUCAAGACAGAGCCGCUACCGUACCGCUUGAUAAUUACGACGCCGUCACAGUGUCUGAGGACACCCGUCUGCUAUUCGCACCUAGCGAACAUGACUCUGCGGUGGACAUUCUGCCAUUUAAACGGUCUUCUAUGAUAUUGGACUUUGUGGCACAGCCUGUGGCCGACACGACAGACGAAGCCACACCCAAACCAAGUAUCGAUAUCCCGACGUUUGAAUUCUCCGACUUCAGCGCUGAUCUAACGUUGUCACCUACAUCGUCGACCACCCCGUCCCUAUCAUCUGACCCCCCGCGUCCUGAUUCACCCUCUUCGACAUCGAACGCUAUUCCAUCCACAGGUGCUUCUGCUACCACGCCUGAGCGAACAUCCAAGGAACUCCCUUCGACCCAAUUAUCUCCGGUCAAGGCUGCGACAUUGAUGAGAAGCUCUUGGCCCCUCAUCAAGUAUGUGGGACGAGGUACCCCCAUCGACCGAACUCGAAGAAGUCAAUGGGGAGGGUCAAUUGACUACGAUAACGUUGGCGAAGACGGCGUGUUAUACUCGACGACCGUUCGCUCGUCCUCUCUCGAUUCUGCUGCCCAAUCAUCUACGCGCUCGGUUUCUCCGGAGUGGAAUCUAGUCUCGGUCACAUCAUCUCAGCGCUCUCAGAAUUUGCCUCCCCUGCAAUUAAUGAUGGGGGAAGAAGUAGAAGCUCGCGGGCCACUAACAGAUCAUCUGGGGAUUUCUGACCGCUUAGAAGCAAAGCCUAAGGAAUGGUCUGAUUUCAUGCAGGGGCUGCUCGAGUCCACUGCGGCGGCCUCGGCUUCAUCAGAAAUCGACUUGUCACAAUUGCAAGCCUCUACUAGUAGUCUCAUGAUUGAAGAAACGCCAGCGGGGGCAGAUAUAGGUGAAACCUCGCCCGAUGAACAGGAUGCUAGGGAUGCGACAGAAACUCCAACGGCGCGACCAUCUGAGGAAGGGACCGACGACGAACUCAAGAUGGAUCUGGGAUCAACUACGGCGCUGGAUCUAAGCCUGAGCGUAGGCCCCAAUACAAAUCACUUCCCCGUUCCCGAGUAUGCGUCAGGUCGAAUGUCACCGUCCGUUUAUUCCACAGCACCUCCAACUCCUUGCGCCUCCCGCCCCGCAUCCUCUAUCAGCCGCCAUUCUUCCUGUUCUUCGUCAUCCAGCACCAAUACAGCAAUGUCUCGUUAUUCUCAUCGACCCGGGCCACCCUGGUGGAGAAAGUUCCUCAGCAGAGUCGAACAACUCCGGAAACUUCGACGGAUGUUACGCUCGCUCAAACACUAG